CGUUAAGGUGCAAUCAGAGACAGUUUUACGCGACACUUGAUUACUGACUGGAGCGGGGAAUCUUUGAUUGAUUGUUCCUGGAUAAUUUCGCUUCACCUGCCUGCUUUCAUCAUGUUCCGUGGACAGGAGCGUGAUGCACCACAGAUGGGCGGUGGAGGUUCUGCACGUUCGGAAGUUCGAUACGAUUCAACCGUUAUCCCCGAGUUUGAUAAACGGCCUGCCUUCAUCCACGUGCUGCUACUUAACAAAACCAUUCGCCUAUUCGUCGUGCUUGGCGUUGGCAGUGUCAUCAUUCCGGUGUUUGCGUAUCUGUUCUUUUUCUCGAAGGAAAUUGGCCAUGGUAGCAAGCGUGACAUCAUUGGCACCUGUGGCCACCCGACGCUGUAUCACGUUCCGUGCGGCAGGAACAACCUCAGUGAGACCGAGUGCCAUCAGCUGGGCUGUUGCUAUACCACGCUGGCAACCUGUUAUCACUCGCUACCAUCGGAGCAUCAGCUCAUCAUUGGUGACGAUUGGAUCCCCGGAACACCUGCAAUUCUGAGCCCUUUGCGGAGCGGCACUCCGUACGUGGAGUCCGCACUUCCGGAAGUACGCUUCGAUGUAAUCAUCCCUGAGGACGGUUCGGGACGUUUGAGCUUUCUGCUUUCCAAAGCCAAUGCAACCAGCUCCACGAGAAACCGAAUUCCUACAAAAGUUAUGGAAACACGGGAUCUGGCAGUGCACGUUUACAGUCCAACAUUCUUCAUCGAAGUGAAGCGCAAAAUCGACGAGGAGGUAAUUUUUUCAACGGCUCGUGGUCCACUGAUUGUGACGGAAAAUUUCAUCGAAUGGAGCUUGCAUCUUGGUGCGGACAUACUAUUUGGUCUCGGUAGUGCCUACCUGGAGCCGGGUAGCAAGCAUCUGCUACUAAACAACCAAAACACUUCCGCCACACCGAUUGUGAUGGGAUACAAUGCAAAGUUAAAGUUGUUUAAUGGCGUUAUAUUCAACACUCCCGGACUAACCGAGGUGGAGAUUCUUGGAUCUCGUCUUAUCAUCAUUCGUGCUCAGUUUGACAAAAAUUUCGAAGUUCAGUUUAUGGCUGGCCCAACGCCAGCACAGCUCCACCGGCAAUCGAAGGCUAUCCUGCAAAAUCAGUACACACCACCGUACUGGACAUACGGGGUACACGUGUGUGAUCAGUCCCCGAAGCGCAACCUUACCAUCGUCCGGCACGAUCUUGAGGUCCUGCUAAACGAAACGAUCAUGUUCGAUUCACACUGCCUGCACAAUGAUCAGUUCUGGAUUUCCGACAGCAUGACACUGGAUAAGGAGUUUGACUUCUUAAGGCAGCUAUUGCGUGGAGCAGAGAAAAAGUUUCUCCCAUCGCUAGUUCUUGCGGUAAGCUACGGUGGCAAUCCGACUUUCAUCGAUGCCCGGGAGCAUGGCAUUCUGUUGAGGAAUCCCUCGAACCUUCUAGCCUACCAGGGUCGGUUACGUAAUCGCACCGUUGUGUAUGUGGAUUGGCGUACCAGUCAAGCCUCCAACCUAUCCACCUGGUUCGACUCACAGUGGCAAAAGAUCGCGAAUCUAGCGGCCGAUGGUUACACAUUGGAGGAAGUGAAUCCUCGUGACGAUCGAAAUAAUUCCUUACCUGGUCCAGAAAAACUGAUUUAUCAACCGGAGCAAUUGAAUGGCACAUUAGAGGAACUGCUUCCCUGGAAUACCCUACUAUCCGACAGUUCCGAGUUGGUGCUCUCCCGGCACAACCUUCUUGGGGUUGCAUUGCUCGAUCUCAUUCAGAAAAAGAUCGAUCCAACCGUACCGCUCAUAACCGGAGCAGCUGGAAUACAUAGCCGAGUAGCGACACUACCCUCCAAUGUAACCGCCAGCUGGAUUGCCCUUCGCAGUGAAGUGGAUCGAAUCAUCGGCCUUUCGGUGGCCGGGAUAAGUUUCACGGGCACACCGAUCUGCGGUAAUGCUCCUGUGGGUGCGGUGAACGUAUCGGAGGAACUGUGUAUCCGUUGGUAUCAGUUUGGAUCGCUGUUGCCGCUCUUCCGUGUAUCGGCCGAUCGGACUCCGAAUCGUUUCAGUCGCUAUGCACGCCGACUGAUGCAUGCCGCGCUGCGCCGACGCUAUGUGCUACUGGAGGUGCUCAACACACUGAUACUGGAAGAUGCGGCCAUCAUUCGGCCCAUGUUUUACCACUACGAGGAGUCGGCCAACUUUACGAUGGAACUGUGGGAACAGUUUAUGUUCGGUGAGGCCGUCCUCGUGGCACCGGUGCUGCUACCCCAGAUGACACAGAUUGCCAUCUACUUCCCUGACACAUUCUAUGAGCUCUGGAGUGGUCAACAGAUGCCGGCCAACGAUGUAUUGCAGUACGCGGUGGUAGAAUCCGAUUUGCCAAUGUUCCUGCGACCCGGUUUCAUCAUCCCUCUUCGUGAGGUGGUGGAAGAAGAGGUGACCUUGGAAGGCGGAUCCGUGGUACCGAUGUCCGUGGAGAGGUCACGCCUUAAACCACUGCUGUUGAUUGGUGCUUUCACGUGCAAUGCUCGCCGUUGGAAGUGUUCUACCACCGGGCACGUGCUCUUGCUGGCCGGCUUUCAACUUCACUUUGGCGUCGACCUGGACGAGCGCCUCGUGGUCAAUGUGCGAGCCAACGUGAGCACACCGGAGCUCGCGCAGCAAGCGGCCUGUUCGGAGCGAGCUUCACUCAAUGCAACCAUCGUCCGCGUUCAACUGUACGGUCAUCCCAACACUAGCCAACCGCUCGAGUACGCUGUGGACUAUGAUUACUGCCAGGAGUCGGCGAAGCAGGUGGAAUUCGCCAAUCUGCACCGUAAAGGCCCGGUCGAUGCUUAUGGACAUUUUUUAGCCUAGUAGGAUUAAGGUGCAACGCACAGUGAAGGCACCAACGGUACAGGAGCGCUGCCUCAUCUUUAGACGCACCAGACUGGUCUCCACAUUUUAUGGUAAUUGGAUAUUUUAGUAUGCAGCCGACGUUAUGCAGAGUUUCCUUUCGUCUCUCGUUGGUACCUUGCCCGCCCCCUGCCAGUCAGCUUGUCACUUGAUGUUUGUUUAAUUCUUUUUUCCAUCUCUUGAUGGGUGCGUUUGUGCGAAAGGAACCGGCAAUGGCGAUGUCGAGGAGAGGUGGACACGGUAGACAAAGCUCUUCAUCAAGUAUGUUUCAGGCAGUACGUGUGGGUUCGGAAUGAACAGAAAAAAAUGUGAGGAAAAAUGUGUCAGAAAAGCUAAUAAAGUGUGCUCUUUUCAUAUCGCUGGCCUCGUCGGCGUGGCUCGGUUUAUUGAA